UCGAUGCUUACAUUGGCUGAAGCAUAUAACAAAUCAGUGCAGGAAGAAUCAACAAUGACAGCUGAUCAAUUAAAAACCCGUCAUGUGGGCAAACAGGACCCUAAACGACAUUUGGAAGAAAGUGUAGAGGAGGUUAUGUCUAAUAACAUUGUAAUGGCACUUGGAACAAUGAUAGAUUCAUAUUAUAUAUGGCUGAAAAAAAACAUAGUCUACGAUCAUUUCGCAGAGGAUCAUAACUACGCCAGUAAAAAAAAAAGGAAAAGCUUAUUUGUUGAAAGGCAAAGAUCUCAAAUUGACGACGACGAAGAAUCCAUAACUAUAUCACGGUUUUCGCAAUGUGUGUUAAAUAUAUUUGAAUAUCUUCAGGAAACAUUAUCAAUAGCUUUACCUUUACAAGAAGAAAAUGAGUUCGAAGAACGAUUUAACAAAAAGCCAGAUCCAAUAGAGAUCAGUGACGCUGGGUUAUAUUUAGGAGGAAUUUCGCGUCGAAAUUUUGAGAUCUUAUUAAGUUCUAUAAUCGCAAUGAUCGUCGUUGUUUCAACUUGGUUAUUGAACGGUACUGACUCUAAGGAUAUCGGUACAAAGAUAAUGCAAUUGCCAGUUGCAUUCAUGUUAGCAUUAUGUGGUGCAUUUUUCUUAUACCGUCGCAUGCGACGAAAAGCUAUGAAAACAUUAUACAGUUCUGCAUUAUAUUUUUUGGAAAUGCUAGUGUAUAAUUGUCAAAUUUUUGAUAUAAAAUUAAACAAAGCUUUAACAAUGAUCCAGGAAAUUGAACUCGUAUCACGUGGCUACAGAUUAUCGAUGCCCCUUACAGAACAAAGUUCAGAAGAUCGACGUUGUGGCGUGUUUCGUGAAACUAUUCAUAAUAUACUUCGAGAAGCUUUUGAGAGUUAUUGUGACGCUGUAGUUGCGAUGAAUCCAGAAACUUUGAAAGGAAAUUUAAUUAUAAUGUACAAUAUGUACAACAUCGUUCCUCGUCCAGAAAAUGAUGAAUGGAAUUUGGAAGAGCAAGAUACGUUUUCUCUGGAAUUUUUGAAGCAAUGUUUUCAGAAGAUGCAUACAAAACGUCGUGAAUUGUUGUGUCAUUUUCUUGCACUAGAUGUAAUGACACCCGGAAGAGACUCUGGCCGAGGAGAUUAUGAACAACAUUGGUCAAUAGUCAAUGAACAUUUAAAUAAUUUAGGUGUUGUCACUGGAAUUUACUUGGACCGAGUUAUUGCGGCAUCUGCUAUUGACUUAUAUACCAUUCCAACUCCUAAACAAGACUUUCUGUCACAGCCAACCCCACAAAUAAUCACGAACAAAAAACUCAGAAUCUAUCUUCAUCGUUUAGCCUCAGUCGAACAACGUGUCCGUAGCAUUCAAGCUAAAUUAUACAUUUGCAAUGAGGACGUUCGUGUGGAUUUUUCUGAUGAUGAGAGAGAACGGUUAAUUAAACAAUAUGAAUCAAUAAGCAAUGAUUUUGUCUACAUUUUUCAAGAAUGGGAAGAUGGAAAAAAGGCUUUAAAAGAUGUAACUGAGCCAAUACCGGUAGAUCCGGAUUUAAGCUCUAGUCGUCAAUCUCUUGAAGAAGAUACAGAAACUUUGAAAGAUGAGGACGAAAACCGUUCAGAAAAAACACUUACCAUUGAUUGGUCACAAAUAGAUGAACCGUUAGAUAUAUUAGAGCAAGUAUUUGAAGCUGAUGCUAAAGUUGAAUAUAUAACUAAGGCUAAGUCAGAAGAAUUAGAUGUUUUCGUACAGCAGAAGUUAUCUUCAGAGAAUGAGAUUCUACAUUCCUCCCCUGAAAAACUUGAGCGAAUACAAUUGCAUGGAAAUAGAGUUGCUAUUGUAACGAAUUAA